AUGUCAAGACCAGAGGUAGCACCAAAUUCAACAGCGUCGAUUGAGAGAGAAGAGAUUGAAAACGAAGAUUCUGAAGAUGUUAUUGUAGAUGAAAAAACUAUUGCAGCUGCUACAACUGAACACGAUAGUGAAUUAGUGUCGCUUGAUAAAGAUGUCGUUGCUAAAAAAUGGACUCUUUCGUUGGGACAUGGCUAUGCCAAUCAGUGGCAGAAAGCAACGGAAAAUGAUGAAAUAUCAGAUCGAACCGGUGUGUUUGUCCUUAGCCUGUUAGGUAAUACGACGGCUGGUAAAAGUUUUGUUACGAAACAUUUGUUAACAAAUGCUGAAAAUGGUCCACAAAUUGUUGAUGAAAGUGACAUAGAAAGUAGUCAGUGUCAGGAGCGGAGAGCUCCUCUUUGUGUCUAA